CCUCGUGAAAAUUGGAGCAGUCACCGUGUCACGUCCGGGAGAAUUAUCUUUGAUUAUUCAUAUUAUUUUGCCUAUCAUUCGUUGGAACUUCGAGUUUAAUGAUGAAAAUCAGUUUUACAUUAGUCCAUUAUGUAACUACAUGACGUUGUGGCAUGUGUGCUACUAUUUUAAUACUCGCUCCAAUUUCUUUCUAUUAAACGACAACAGUCCUCUAUUUCUUUAUUUUUGGAAUGAUCCAUACAUUAUUUUGUAUGUUAUUUUCUACAAAGAAUUACUUUGAAGCAUGAGCAUCAUGUUACUUAUUUGUUGCUUAGGUUAUUGUUGUUUGGCCUAGAUUAGAAUGGCAGAAAAUAUUUGGACAUAAUUGGAAAUGUUAAGUCAUAUGAACACCAGUUUUCAAGGAGUGUUCAUUUCCAACUAUCAGACUGCAAUAAAUUGUUAAGUACACGUACUUAACCAGAUUUUAUUGGAAUUGAAUAGGACUGAUUGCAAACAAUGUCAGAAGGAAACGCAGCUGUUGCUCCAUCUCCAAACAAUCAAAACGGUGCAGCACCAGAUAAUAAUCACAGUCUUGCAGGUGCAAUUGGUCCUGUUCUUAAUAAUAAUAACAUGAACAGAGCAAGAAAUAAUAAUAAUCAAAAUCCUUUAUUUAACGUGCGUGAUCGAUUGUUUCACGCAAUGUUUAUAAAGGCUGCAUUGAUUUAUGCAAGAACCUUUCCACGGCCUGUGCGAAGGUUUAUAGAAUUUAUAAUUUUAUUACAGGCAAUAACAGCAUUUUUCAUAUUAGCUUACAUUCAUAUAGUCUUUUCGCGUGCACCUACAAAUUGUUUAGAUCAUAUAAAGGAUGAGUGGCCGCGGGACGGUAUACUCAGAGUGGAAAUACUAAGAAACGGAGCAGAUGAUUACAGUAUAGAAAAGAGCUAUGCAAAAGAGGAGAAAUUGAGGCAAGAGAAGGUAGAUGACAUUGCUAACGUUUUGGGGAUUUUAGCCAGAGAUGGAUUCAUAAACAUUGAGCCAUCGGCGGUCGACGAGCAAAGAGAAAUCGAUGAGACUCACGAGGAAGAAAGUCAGAAUUUUACUUUAACAGAAGAUGGGGAUGAAAUGAGUAGCGCUACUGUUGGUGGUGAUGAUAAAAGUUCAAAUCCAAAUUUAAGUAUGACAAAUGCGACUAUAAGUCCACCUUUAUCUACAAAGCUUUGGAAUGGACUGAAUACAGAAAGUCAAGAGUCGGCAGCUGAAAGUACUAUACCACCAACAAGUUCGUACAGAAAUGUUACUGAGGAACACGACAGUGAAUUACACAAUGGGGACAAUAUCAUUCAGCCUUUGAAAAGUCAAGUUUCUGAAGUGGAAAAGAUAGUGAGAGCAGUUUUUCCAGAGGACGAGUACAUAGUGGAGUAUUCUCUAGAAUAUGGAUUUCUACGGCUCUCGCCUGCUGCACGUCAGAGGCUAAACAUUCCUGUGAAAAUAGUCACCUUAGACCCUUCAAAUGAUAAAUGUUUCGGAGAUGCAUUUUCACGUCUGAUUCUCGAUGGAUUUCUUGGUUACGAUGAUUUACUCAUGGCAAGCAUCAAGACAUUGGCUGAGCAUGAGAACAACAAAGGUUACUUGCGAAAUGUUGUUACUGGGGAGCAUUAUCGUUUUGUCAGUAUGUGGAUGGCUCGGACUUCAUACUUUGCUGCAUUCUUCAUUAUGCUGCUGUUUACUGUAUCUAUUUCUAUGCUACUUCGUUAUUCUCACCAUCAGAUUUUCGUCUUUAUCG